AUGGAAAGUUGUCUGAAGUCUAAAUCAGCUCCAAAAUUGGAAAGGAAAUUUGUGGAGAGAUAUAGAAGGAAUCAUUUGAAGAAUCUAUAUAAUCAACUUCAUUCCAUGCUCCCUACUUGUGCUUCUAAGGAAACAAGAAUGACAGUGCCAGAUCAAAUAGAUGCAGCAGUGAAUUACAUAGAAAGCUUGAAAAUGAAUUUGGAGAGGAACAAGAAGUACUUGGAAGAAUUGAAAAUGGGCCCAAAGAGGGCCCAAUCACUCAAUACAACUAAUGAGCCCGGCCCAAGCACCAAGUCACCACCUCAAAUUGAAUUCCAUGAAAUGGGCCCAAAUAUGAUCAUGGUUUUAAUAACUAGCCUUCAAAAUAUAGCCACUUUUAUUAAUAUCAUUCGAUUAUGCCAUGAGGAAGGUGUUGAAGUUCUGGCUACUCACUUUCAACUCAAUGGAAACUCUACUUUGCAGAUUUCUCAUGAAACUAAGGAGCACAUCAAUAGAAGUUCAACAAUGGAAUUUAGAGCUACAACUUUGUGUGAUAAGAUGAAGGAGUUGAUAUAUGGACGAUCUUGCAACAAUGAGAUGGAAUCCAAUCUACAUUUUUGGGACUACAUAAUUGAAUCUGAAUGGUUAGGAUUUGAUGCAUUGGAGUUAUUACCAACACCAAGUGAAAAUCCAAACAUGCCAAGAAUGUUAGAUUUGUAA